UUGAGCUUGCAAGUGCGCGGGAGUGUGUGUGUUUCGAAAUGAAUGUUUCUUCGAUUCAGAAGCUUUGCACUCAUUUAAUUUCUUCCGCAUUUCAAAGAUGUCGUUUAUCCAAAGAUCUUUGCCGAUUAUCAGUCGUUCUCGAGAGCUCUCCUACUACUCCUAUGAUUCGAGUUUCAAUAUCAGAUACGGGCAUCGGUAGUUGCUUGGAGGAGUUCCAGGACCUGAAAUACACCAGAGAAGGUAUUGGAACCGAAAAGUGGGAUGGGUUGCUCUCUGUCAUAACUACGUGCAUUAGUGAUAAUGAGAUAUAUCAUUAUCACUUAAAUCUUAGGGAAAGUGUCUCUGCCAGAAGGCUCACUAGGCUGCCUUCAAAUCCUAAGAAUGGUGCGAAAUUCAGUGGAACUGAAGUAUGUCUGUCCAUUUCUGACACUGUUGAUUCCUUGCUGGCAGAGAUCAAUCACUUCUUUCAAAAGAUGCUUAUUCUAAAGAUCCCGAAUGUUGCUGCUGAGCUAGUGAUUGAACGAGGGGAUGUUCUUGGAUUGCAAUGUGAAAAUGUCUUUUUAACAAAUGAAUGCAGUUCUUUGCGCUUUUCAACCUCAAAUGUUGAACGACUAAAGUCAGGCCUUGAAGAAUAUGUUUUAAAGCAUGGAAAUAGCUUAAACAUUAAAUGUGACUCUUGCUUCUGCAGUAGGGAGCAACUUAAGAUUGGUACUGGAGUAGCUUGCAGCCUGGAAAGCCAUAGGAAUUCCGAACUACUGAUGGAAGCAGUGAUUGUAAUUAGUGAAGUUUCUGAGUUAACCACUUCUUGCUUCAGGUCAUGCAGCAAUAAAACAGAGGUUCUGCAUUUUAAAGACUUCUCACCAUGUUCAGUAUCCCAAGCAUCCCUCAAAGCAUUGACUAGCAUUGACUGGAGAAAUUAUGGGUUAACUUUGGGGAGUGUUGUGGAUCAAGGUGACCAUGCAUUGAUAGAGUGGGAAAGUUUACCCCCUUAUCUUCAUAUUGAUAUGGCCCUCCACUGCUAUCAUAAGCAGGUCAUGAUAUUGCCAGGAAAGUAUAAAACUCAACCUGAUAGACAUCUUAUUAGAAAGGCAGUCAAACUAGCUUUAGAUGAUUUGAAGGAGAGACACACAGGGUUUCUUCUAAGUGCACAUGCUGUGAAGAUUUGCAGUUACGCCCCAGACCUUGCAAGCACAAUUGCUGGCCUCAUCUUGUCAUCUAAUGACUCAGACUUCCAAAGCGAAUGCAUCUCACUUCUUGGAAUACAGUCUCAAGAGAUUGUAGGGGAGGCCAUUGAAGAUUGUAUCGAGAAAAAGAUAAUCUCAGUCAUAGAGUCAAACGAUCAGAAACCAGAGAAAUGCAAAGAGGCUGCACUUUUCCUAUUUGAAGAUGACUGUCCCCAGGGCCCAUAUUUUGAGGUAUAUGAAGAAGGUGAGGAUGUUUUUAGUUCCCCAGAUUGAGGGAUGUUGUGCUUUAGCCUUAUGCAAUUAAUUCACAUUCCUGAUACUUACACUAAUUUUUGAGAAUUCUGCAUCA